GAUGCCUGUCGGUGUUCGCAUGAAACUAGCUUGAUUUGUAAACAUGCCCAGCCAUACGCCUUUAGAGUGAACUAUGAUACAGCAUGUGUUUGUCUGGUUGUUAUUCUUGAACUGUCGUGGCGUCUGUCUUGUGAGUAGAAAAAAAAACAUCUGAAGGAUAUCACGUCGGUCGGUAGGCUAGCUUAGGUGCUAAUGAUGGUGCAUCUACCCCAUCACUUGCUCUAUGUUGGCAAUGUUGUGUGCCAUGUUUUCUAGUAUUUGUUUCCUUAGUCCCUUCAAUACAUCAUUAGAGAUUGUUGUAUAUUGAGAUAUUGUUAUAUUUAUGUAAAAUAAUCACAAUUAUUGUAGAAUAUAAACUGGAGAAGAUAACUAUAUUCCCAGGUUUCUUUCCCCUUUCUCCCCGACUUGCCUGACAGUAGGGAAGCAUACAUGAAGAUGCUGCUGAAAGUGCCCCAGAAGCUGCUGAAGACAGCUCACUACAUAGAGCUGGGCAGCUAUCAGCACUGGCCGGUGCUCGCACAGCAGAGGAUAAGACUGUACACCUACGAACAAAUCCCCCUGUUCCUGAAAGAGAACCCCUACAUCACAGACGGCUACAGGGCCCACCUGCCUUCCAAACUCUGCCUGAGAAGUAUUUUUAUUAUGUCUAAUGAGACGGUGAAUAUCUGGAGUCACCUGCUGGGCUUCAUUCUCUUCUUCUCCCUUGGGGUCAACGACGUCACGUCGGUGCUGCCGGCCUCUGGAGCUAACAAAGAGGAUUAUGUCAUCUACACCAUCGGACUCUUUUGCUUCCAGGUGUGCAUGUUGUGUUCCGUGGGUUAUCAUCUAUUCUCAUGCCACCGUUCAGAGAAGACGAGUCGUCGCUGGUUGGCGUUGGACUACGCAGGCAUUUCUGUUGGCAUCUUGGGAUGUUAUGUGCCUGGCAUCUUUUACGCCUUCUACUGCAACGCUUUUUGGCGGCAGGUCUACCUCAUGACGGUGCUGUCCUUGAUCCUGGCUGUCUUCUGCACCCAGGUUCACCCACGCUACCUUAGCAACGACUGGCGGUGGAUCAGGGUGGCCAUCUUCUGCUGCAUGGCUGGUAUCAGUGUGGUUCCGGCGGGCCACUGGGUGUGGCUCAACGGGGGGUUUACCUGUUAUAUUGUUCAGCGCUUCCUGCCUCGAAUGAUUGUGAUGUACCUGAUUGCUGGAUCUGCCUUCAUAUUCUACGUUACCAAGAUCCCUGAGCGCUAUUUCCCUGGCCAGAUGAACUACCUUGGUGCCAGUCACCAGGUGUGGCACGUUCUGGUGGUUGUGAUGUUCUACUGGUGGCAUCAAACCGCAGUGGACAUCAUGCAAUUCAGGCACAGCCAGCCCUGCCCCACACGGACAAAAUGACAAGGAACAAACAACGUAUCAAUGCACUUGCACAACUAAAUUCCCUACUUAGGUUUAUAGUAGAAGCCUAAAUAGUUGGUGAAUACUUACUAACAGGCAAGUUCACCUUGAGCCUGUAUGUCAGUAUCUGCAAUUGCCAGUAUGCAGUACAGUAAAUCAAUGCAUGAAGAUAUUCAUUUAUGUAUAGAAACAUAGUUUUUUGUGUGUUUUUUGCUGGUAAUCAUCUCAUGGCCACUUCAGAAGGACGAUUGAAGAAAAUAUCUGUGGCAUUGUGAACUGCACGGAUCCCACUGCUGCCUCAAGUGUUCACGAGCAUGAGGUGCAUGCGUUGGGUGGAAAUCACUGCCACAUUAUUUCUUAAUACGACUUGAUUUGUGAUCUUUUUUGUGCAACAUGACUAUGAAGGAUGUGCCGAAUGUCAACAGAGUAUUAUGCAAUCAACUACAUUGCUGGAAUAAUUGCAUUUAAGGCUGAACUGUAUCACAAAAACAAUUACCAAUCAUUAUCAUUUGUGUUCCUUUAGAAGAUUAUUAUUCCAUUCUCUAUCUUUGAUGUAUCCAUUGGCGGUUGUACAGCUAGCAAAGCACUAUAACGAGAACAUUUACGCUACUAAAUGAAAUUGACCGUCAACAAACAUUAAACCGACAACCUGUUUAAUUUACUUGAAAUGGUUUCAUAUAAAAAUAUAUACUAUUUUGCAUGGUAUAGAUAUCUAUUUUUGUAUAUUUGUGUCGGAAUGGUUGCAUGUUAGUUGGCACUCCUGUUGCACAGGACAAAUACAGGCCAGCUUUGUACUGAAAACAAAUAAUCAUCUGUAUAAUGUGUGAAUAAGGCCAGUGUGGAGUGGUGCAGGUUGCUUGAAGGGCUUUUAUUGUUCAUAUUUUGCCUCAGUUUUUGUUCGCCUUCAUUUGCCUUAUGCUGAACUGGAACACAAAAUUUUUGAUUUUUGCACCACAAGGCCACUACAAUUGUGUUUUAAAAAAAAUUCAAUUUCCAAUGCAUGACAGCUAGGCUAAGAACAGUAUUUUAAUGUUGUCUUUUUGAAGUGUUUAGACCAUUAACUCAUCAUCUUGUGUUUUUUCCCCAAUUAUUAUGUAUAAUGAAGUACUGGCUAUUUACGCCAUUUUGAAUGAAUAAAGAAUG